GCAGCUCCCCCCUACCCCACCACCACCUGGCAAAUGAAAAACAACAACAAUCCUGUUAGCAUUGCUACGACUGGCCAACGCAAUGGUUCCCUGAAGCUCAACUACACGUCUGGCCCUAACACACACCCAUUACCAGGCCAGCAGCUUCCAUUUCCCCCGGGCCUUUAUACGUCGAUGGUGCCGGGCUCAUGAACUUGGCUAGCCUAAGCGGGGAUGCGGGCGGAAGCCAGCUCCUCUUCGCCAACUUUAACCAGGAUAACACGUCCCUGGCUGUUGGCACCAAAUCGGGAUACAAGUUUUUCUCUCUGUCCUCAGUGGAAAAAUUAGACCAGAUAUAUGAAUGUCCAGACACAGAGGAUGUGUGUAUCGUGGAGCGUCUGUUCUCCAGCAGCCUGGUGGCCAUCGUCAGCCUCAAGGCCCCCAGGAAGCUCAAAGUCUGUCACUUCAAGAAGGGAACUGAAAUCUGCAACUACUCUUACUCCAACACAAUAUUGGCUGUUAAACUCAAUCGACAGAGGCUGAUUGUGUGUCUGGAGGAGUCGCUUUACAUUCAUAAUAUUCGAGACAUGAAAGUGUUGCAUACAAUCAGAGAGACUCCACCCAACCCUUCAGGGUUGUGUGCCCUGUCCAUUAGUAACGACAACUGUUACUUGGCAUAUCCUGGCAGUGCCAUGAUAGGAGAAGUUCAAGUGUUUGAUACUGUCAACCUGCGAGCCGCAAACAUGAUUCCCGCCCACGACAGCCCAUUAGCAGCUCUUGCGUUUGACGCCAGUGGAACCAAACUGGCCACAGCUUCAGAGAAGGGCACAGUCAUCCGUGUCUUCUCUAUCCCAGAAGGACAGAAACUCUUUGAGUUUCGGCGAGGCGUCAAGAGGUGUGUGAGCAUCUGCUCCUUGGCCUUCAGCAUGGAAGGCUUAUACCUGUCAGCCUCCAGCAACACAGAGACGGUUCACAUCUUCAAACUUGAAACACAGAAGGAGAAGUAUGUGCCAGCAGAGGAGCCCACUACAUGGGGAGGAUACCUGGGCAAGGUUCUGAUGGCAUCAACCAGCUAUUUGCCCUCCCAGGUCACAGAAAUGUUUACACAGGGGCGAGCCUUCGCCACCGUGCGGCUGCCAUUCUGCGGCCAUAAGAACAUCUGCGCUUUAGCAAUGAUUCAGAAGAUUCCUCGGUUGCUGGUUGCAGCGGCCGAUGGCUACUUGUAUCUCUACAACUUGGAUCCACAAGAAGGAGGGGAAUGCACUCUCAUGAAGCAGCACAGGUUAGACGGCAGCGCAGAGCCGUCGAAUGAGAUACUGGAGCAGGGGACACAUGAUCGCCCGCUUGUGGCGCAGACCUACAGUGCUUCUGUCACUAAAGGUUACUGUGACGAGCAGGGCGCCGUGGGAGGGGCGGGGCUAGAGGAAGACCUCAACAGCUUGCGGCUGGAGGAUGAGAACGAGCAGCCGCCGCUCAUCCUGGAAACUGACUGACCAAAACGGACGGCCGCACCGACCAAUCAGAGGGCUCCUCUGGCGCUGCUAUCGACAAGUGACAUGAGAGGGGGAGGGCAGGCUCAGCGAGGGAAGGUGUUUUUUUUUUCCUCUUUUCCCCCAAAACACACGAGUGCUCCUGAGCCUCUCUGUUGUAUGUCUUUUCACACACACCUCCGCAUUUCAGCGUCCUCCCUCCUUCUUCUGCUCUUUUUUUUCUCCCCCUCAGUUUAGUCUCCACGGACCAAACUGACUGCUUUGCAUGUACAUGUGCCAACCGCUCAAACAAAUCCCCAAUGUGAAUGACAGUUUGAGCGUGCGUGUUGGACUUUGGAUCAAAAUAGAAAUGUAGCUGUGCUCUACUAUGGCCAAGCGCAGAUUCUCGUUCUGUUUAAAAAAGAAACAAACAAAAAGAUUGUGUAAGUGCCUCUAUGCCCUUCAUGUUUUCUGUUGGAGAUCUCUGCGUUGGCUUAAUAAAAUCAAUUUAAAUUUGUCUGAUCUUAACCGAGGGUGUGCACUGUACUCUCUUUUCUGACGCCUUGCUUUCUCUCUCUCUCAUGCGUACACAAACGCGCACGCACACAUGCGCCAUUGGGCAAGGAGCGCCCAGUGUGUGUCAUCGCCUCGCGUGUGUCUUGAUGCCGUUUAUUGGCACAGGUGUGUGUUUGCGCAUGUGGUGUAAUUAGCUUACAUUUACCCUUGAUCACUUCUACCUCUUAAACAGAGGCUCGUCGGUCCCGCCCAUCCAUGCGUUGCUCCUAUCAGUGGUCAGAGUCCAACUUUUGAUAUUCUGCCUGUUUUUAAAAAGCAACACAGGCAUUUCUACUCAGUGCUGCGUGAACCUGCAUGAUGUUGCCGUGAUAGCGUGUCCAAACACUGAAGACAUUUCCUGGGUGGUAACCAUUUUAUAUGCAGAGCUGAGAAACGCAAUCCGUCUGUACAUUUCUUCUCGUGGCAGGUUGACACUGUAAAAUGUUCCGCUUCUGGCCAGAGACUCGAUGUGGACAAUACAUGUCUUUCAUUUGAUUGGUCGCCAGGUCCUUUUGGUGACUGAAGCCACUCAGCAAAGAUGAAAUGGGAGAUUGAGAGUGUCUGGCUUUUUCUAUUGAUUUUUGUAAAAAAAAAUGUGAAACAUUCAUUUGAAACCACAAUAAAGUCCAUGUUAUGUAA